AUGGACCCCCCCGUCCUUUAUCCCACUCUGGGGCCUCCUCCCAGCGGCUCCCCUAACCCCCAAACGGCGCCGGCUCCAGCGGCAGCGCGUAGUCCUUGGCUGCACCCCAACUUCCCAGGGGAGUCUGAGCCUGGGGCGGCUCCAACCCGGGGGCACCGGACCGGGCCCCCUCCCCCGCCAGCCCCCGGUGCCGAGUCAGAGGCGCAGCCGGGGUCCCCCCCGAGCCCCGAGCCUCGCAGAUCCGGACUGGGGCGGGGCGAGCCCGGCCGGUCACCUGGCGCCGCGCUGCCAUUGGGCGGCCGCUCCCUCCCCAGCCCCCCCUCGUGCGGUUCCCCCCGGCCGGCCCGCGGGCGGGUCAGUGGGCGCUGGGCGGCUCCGCCAGCCGGCGGGGAAGUUACCGCGGUGCCGGGGGGUCGGGGGACCGGAGCGGACUCGGACUCGGACCCGGACCCGGACCCGGACCCGCGGGCGGCGCGGAAAGCGGCCGCGGCCAGUUGGAGAAAGUUUUCCCCGCGGGGGUCCCCAUGGCCCGGCCCCCCCGCGGCCCCGGGCUCUGAGCCCCCCGCGGGGACCCCGCUGCGGCCGGGCCAUGGCCCGCUGGCGGCUCUGCCUGGCCGGGCUGCUGCUGCUCCAGGGCUGCGGAGCAGGCGUGGGCGUCUGGGGACAGGAGCCGAGAGCAUCCCAGGGAUUGUAGAGCCAGAAGGGGGCAUGGCGGCAGAGAUGGGCGCUGGGGGGACGGUGAAAGGCCCAGGGACUUGGAGCACAGGCUGGCGGCUGGGCCGCCCCUCGGAGCUGGCGUUCCUGCUGGAGCCGGCGGACGUGAUCGUGGUGCAGGAGCGGCCCCUGGUGCUGCACUGCUGGGUGGAGGGGGAGCCGCCCAUCAGCAUCACCUGGCACAAGGACGGGGCAGUGCUGGGCAACGACAGCCACGUGGCCGUGCUGGCCAACGGCUCACUGCUCAUCGAGAGCUUCCACCAUCAGCCCCGGAGCGGGGGCACCGCCAACCAGACCAGCGUGGGAGGCUACAGCUGUGCGGCCCAGAACCGCGACGGGCUGCUGGUCAGCCGCAAGGCCCGCGUGCAGUUCGCCACCCUGUCCAAGUUCCACAUGCACCCGGCGUCCAUGGCGGUGGAGGAAGGUGGCGUCGCCCGGUUCCAGUGUCUCAUCCAGGGCGUGCCCGAGGCCACCAUCACCUGGGAGCACAACCGCACGGCCCUGCCACCCAGCGACCACCGGUUCACCCUGCUGCCGGCUGGCAUCCUGCAGAUCACCGGGGUGCAGCGAGCUGACGUGGGCUCCUACCGCUGCGUGGCCAGCAACAUCGCCAACAGCCGCUGCAGCCAGGAGGCCCAGCUGGCCAUCAGCGGUGAGCUCUCAGUCCCCAAACUCUACAAGGAGCCCAUGAUCCUGUCGGGCCCCCAGAACCUGACUAUCACGGUGCACCAGACGGCUAUCCUGGAGUGCAUCGCCACUGGAAACCCACGUCCCAUUGUCUCCUGGAGCCGGCUCGAUGGGCGCUCCAUUGGUGUGGAGGGGAUCCAGGUGCUGGGAACUGGCAACCUCAUGAUCUCGGACGUCUCGGUGAAACACGCCGGGGUCUACGUGUGCGCUGCCAACCGGCCUGGCACCCGCGUGCGCCGCACAGCCCAGGGCAUCCUCAUGGUGCAGGCCCCCCCGGAGUUCGUGCAGUGGCCCCAGUCGGUGUCCAAGCCGCUGGGCAGCCGUGCCAUCUUCACCUGCGUGGCACAGGGUGUCCCCGAGCCCCAACUUAUCUGGCUGAAGAAUGGCAAGAUCCUAGCACCGGGCGAGAACAUCAAACUCACCCACAAAAACAGCACCCUGCUGCUCCAGGGGCUCACGGCGGGGGAUGAAGCUAUCUACCAGUGCAUCGCCGAGAACAGCGUGGGCACCAACCAGGCCAGCGCCCGCCUGGCCCUCACCCUGGCCCAGGAGCUGCCCAGCUCCCCCGAGGGCAUCCGGGCCACCGCACUCUCUACCACCUCCAUCCAGGUGUCCUGGCAGGCGCCCCCCCCGGAGGUGACCGAGGGGCUCAUCGGCUACGUGCUGAACAUCCGCAGGGCGGGAGAGUCCGACAGCCGGGAGCUGCAGGAGGCCGUGAGCAAAACCACCUUCCAGCACCUCUUCACCGGCCUGGCGCCCGCCACCACCUACUGCCUCCGCCUCCGAGCCUGGUCGCCACUGGGGGCCAGCCAGGACUCGGAGCCCGUCCUGGCCACCACCAUGGGCAGCAUCCCUGCAGCCCCCAGCUUCUUCACCAAGGUGCUCAACGCCAGCGCGGUGCAGGUCUUCUGGGCGCUGCCCUCCCAGCCAGGCCGGAUCGAGGGCUUCAAACUCUUCCACCGCAAACUGCCCAGCCCCCACUUGGAGGGGCCGCAGCUCCUGGCCAGCACGGCAAACUCCUACCUCUACAGCAACCUGGAGCCCUUGGCCACCUACGAACUCCAGCUCCAGGCCUUCAACGGGAACGGAGACAGCAACAGCACCGUGCGGGUCGUCCGGCUGGAGGGGAGCGGCCAGACGCUGGACGCAGACCCCGGGUGCCACUGUCGGCCGGAGGAGAGCUCGCUGGCUGGCAGCGUGGGGGGCGUCCACAUCGGCAUGGCCAGCAUCAUCCUCUGUCUCCUCUUCCUCGUGUUCGGCUACUGCAGGAGGUGA